AUAGCUGAAUUCCUGGCCAUGACAAUAUUCAUGAUGAUAGGGUUGUCGAUAAACGCCACGGUGGUGUUCCGGGCGGCCACCCAGCCGGAUGCCCACGACCUGACGAUAGCGGUGGGCUGGGGGUGCGCGCUAAUCGGCGGCAUAGUGAUGUCGAUGGGGGUGUCUGGCGCGCAUUUGAACCCAGCCCUGACAUUCAGUCUGGCGGUAUUUGGGCAUUUCCCGUGGCGCCGUGUGCCCGGGAUGGUGCUGGCGCAGGUUCUGGGCGGCUUUCUGGCGGCAUUUUUCACCUGGCUGUUGUAUUAUCCGAUCUGGGACAGGUUCAGCAGGCUGACGGUGGGGGAGCGGGCGACGGCCGGGAUAUUUAUUAUUCAGCCCACGGAGCCGGGUGUGUACGGGAAUGGCAAUCUUGUGUUCAACGAAAUCGUAUAUUCGUUCAGUCUUUUGUAUUUUGUCUUCUUUAUCGCCGAUAAGCGCAUGACUCUGAGCGCGAGCACGGGCGCCAUUCUUGCGGGCUUGUUCUUUGCAGCAACUAUUCUUUCCGGCACCCAGUAUGUUGCGGUGGUGGCGAUGAAUCCGGCCAGGGACCUGGGGCCACGGCUGUUUAUUUGGGCUGCCGGGUGGAAAGAUGUUUUCACGGCGCAUAAUUACUACUUUUAUGUGCCGCUGGUGGGCCCGUUUAUUGGUGGUGUGGCUGCCCGCGGCAUUUACGAC